UCGAGCCAGCAUUGGCUACCGUUGGAUGUCUGCUUUCCUUCAAGAAGGUUCCACCCGAGAUGAAACCUCACCAAGCGAGCCCCAUGGUUAGAUUACUCUUUCGCAAAUGCUUCAAGUAUCACCGGAGUUCCCCUCUUCCAUCUCUUGCUAAAAAAUGCCCUCUUUGGACGGAGCUGAACUCCCUUCGCCACAGCUGUAGGAGCAGGACCGUUACAUCGGCGAGGACCUUCCAUACCAGCCCCAGGGCUUUGGGAAAGCUCUGGGACAGCGUCCCCCUGCAGGCAUAUUUACAGACUUUGGAGCAAGAAUAUGAAAGGAUCGAUUCGCUGCUCAGCACCUGCUCCGUGAACGAAUUUAAGGAAAAGGACCUUAGCCUACGACGGGCUAAAUUAUUCCCCUUGGUGCAGGCGUUUCAACAAAUACAAGAGGCCAAAAACCAAAUCCAGGAACUGGAGAAAAUGUGUACAGAGCUAACUCAAUCAGAAGAGAAACUUCUGCUAGAACUUGCUACAGAGGAGAAGGAAGGUAUGAACCAGAGGAUUAGAGCACUGUAUCUAGAGCUUUGUGAGAAGAUCACGCCAAGAGACAAAUACGACGAAAACAGCGUCCUUUUAGAAGUCACAUCUGGCAGGACGACGGGAGGCGACAUUUGCCAGCAAUUCACGAGAGAAGUCUUCGACAUGUACCAGAAUUACGCAGAAUACAAAGGCUGGACUUUUGAAACGACCAAGUACUGCCGAGCUGAGACAGGGGGGCUCCACCAUGCAGCGGCUCGGAUCUUGGGAAGCCACGUCUACAAACGCUUGAAGUUUGAAGGAGGAACCCACCGGGUCCAACGGAUCCCUCAGACUGGAUUGUCUUCGAGAAUGCAGCGGAUCCACACUGGCACCAUGACGGUCAUCGUCCUCCCUCUGUCUGAGGAGGUAGAGAUAAAAAUCAACCCCAGUGAUUUACGGAUUGAUACAUUUCGUGCCAAAGGUGCUGGAGGGCAGCACGUUAAUAAAACAGACAGUGCGGUCAGAGUUGUACACCUCCCUACAGGGAUCACGGUGGAAUGCCAGCAGGACCGAUCCCAGUUAACAAAUAAGGAAACGGCGUUGCAAACCCUGAGAGAGAAGCUCUACCUACAGACGGUCAUGAAAGACAUAAACGAACAGCAAAGUACGAGGAAACUGCAGUUAGGGUCAAGAUCCCAGUCAGAGAGAAUUCGCACGUACAACUUCAACCAAGAUCGGGUGACUGACCAUAGGAUCUCUUAUGAAGUCCGUGAUAUCAAGGAAUUUUUAAACGGCAAAGAACAUCUGGAUAAUCUAAUCAGCAGCCUGCUGGAGGCUUCGCAGAUGAAACUACUGGCUGAGCAGUUGGAAAACAAUUUGAAAUCUCUGUCGGCAGGCUCCUGAAUGGAUGAAUGACCUUUUU